GGGGGGGGGGGGGGGGAGCGGCUGUCCUGAACAUCUUGACUUCGGGGUCAUCAUCUCUCCUUUAGACAUUUUCACUCUCUUCUUUCUGAAAAUUUUUCUUUUUCUACACCAUAUUAUGAAUCCAUUCCAUCCAGAUUUAUAAUCUAUCGUCCCUCAAUAUCGGAGUUAGUUGGUAAGAGCAAAUAGAUAGCUCAAGCGUGUGGCAAUCGCAGUUUACAUUCCAAUUUUGAAAAGUUGCGUUACACCUCCGAAAGAAUCAUCAAAAUUCAAAUUUCGCGGUUUUUUGUGAGCGCCGUCGACGGUACAGCGCUCUGUAUUCGGAGAUGCGCAACUCGAGACCACGUUGUAGGUUAUGUCAAACAUGUCAACAAUAUCUCUUAUCAAUUAUCCCCUUAUCAACGUUUUAACACGCCUCUUCAUAUCAUACCGGUCUGAUAUCGAUUUUUACGUAUGUGCAAGUGUCUAAAGAUGUAUUUCACUAUCUAAUAUUUUUGUCUCAGCAAUAUAUAUUUGUGCUAGUGUAUUAAAAGUCAGACUGAUUAUUUAUCCUCUGCUUUUUAGACUUAUCAUCAUCUGGAUAAUUCAGCACUGAGGAUUUGAUAAUUAUCGUGUAGAAGGUAUGGUUGGGAAUUGUUUCCUCUAGAUAGUGGCUUUAUUAAUUUUUUAAUAGAUUUUAACGUGGAGUCUGCCAUUAACUAUCCUCCUCCUGAUCAAAGAAUCCCUUUACUGAAACACUCUUGAUCAUUUAUUGACUUCUAAUCCAUGAAGUUCGGAGCUGAUACAAGACUUCUCGAUAGUACCAUCUCAGCCCUAACGCACAGUAGAAUGAAUUGCGCCAGAAUUAUUGUUGUAGGCGGUGGAGCCGCAGGUACAGCAGCCGCAACGAGAUUGGUUCAAAACGGGUUUGAGAAUGUGACGCUUCUGGAGGCUGGAGGAAGACUUGGUGGGCGGUGUCAUACUAUAGCUCUAGGUGAGGAGCAUGUUGACCUGGGUGCUCAGUGGAUCCAUGGAGAAGAAGGAAAUGCUGUAUAUGCAAUGGCAGCCCCACUAAAUUUGACAAAAGACUCUAUUGUCAGCAAAGCCAGCAUAGUCAAUGCCAAGUUUUUCAAGCCCGAUGGAAGUAUGAUGGACUCAAAAAUAUCCGAUUCCCUCUUACUUUACUGUUUCAAAAUUGCUGAGAAAAUUCAUGCUCAAGAGCCAUCUUCGAACCGAUCCUUGUCUCUUGGUGAUGUUUUCAUGAAGAGUUUUAAUGAAAACCUACUUGAACUGAAAGACGUCAACAUUUGUGAUGCUGAUAUUAAUCAAAUUCUGGAGUGGUUCCACAAAUUUGAAAAUUCUUUAGAAGCAUCAGACUCUUGGUACGAUGUCUCCUUCGAGGGUUAUCGCAAGUAUGAAGAGUGUAAUGGCAAUCUAAAUGUUGCUUGGAAAACUGGAGGCUAUUCAAACGUUAUCGAUUUACUGUUGCAGCGGCAACCCAAGUCAAAAUCGGAAAUACAUUUGAACGUGCAAUUUGGUAAAGAAGUUACCAAGAUUGUCCAGGGAGAGCAUGAAUUGGUUUUAACAUGUGCUGACGGAAGUGUUUUCACUGCUGAUCACACUAUAGUCUGUGUGUCCUUGGGUGUUCUGAAAGCGAACGUCCCGUUCAUGUUUAACCCACCUCUCCCUGGUAAAAAAUUGCUUGCAAUUAAUACAUUAGCGAUGGGAGUUGCUGAAAAAUUAUUUAUUCAGUUUCCGUAUCGCUGGUGGCCAGACGAGUGGCCAUCUCUUCAAAUUCUGUUAGACUCUAAUAUCAAAGAAGAACUUAAAGAGAUGAAGAAAGAAUGGUUGGAGGAAGUCUUUUCUUUUUUUGUGCUGGACAAUGCUCCAAAUACUCUCUGUGGUUGGGUAGGAGGGAACGCUGCUCGCUAUGUAUCAAACAUACCGGAUGAGGAAAUUAAAAAUGAUUUACUCUUUCUUUUAAAGAGGUAUUUGUCAAAACUUUAUCAAAUUCCCAACCCAGUUCGAUUUGCAAGGUCAAAUUGGUACGGCAAUACCCACUUUAGAGGCUCUUACUCUUUUGUCACCGUUCAGGCGAAUGAGAACAAUUCAUCAAGUGAAGAUUUAGCCGAGCCCAUCCUAGAUGCCUUUGGUAGACCGGUGAUAAUGUUUGCCGGUGAGGCCACCCACUCGCAUUUUUUUUCAACUGUGCAUGGAGCCAUUGAAACUGGCUGGAGAGAGGCAGAUAGAUUGCUCUCAUAUUACAGUAAAGUGCAACAUGUGAAUACCGCAAUCAUUGGCGGAGGUAUGGCUGGUUUAGGGGCAGCAGUCACACUCGAAAAAAAUAAUGUGGAUUAUGUCAUCCUGGAAGCACAAAAUCACUUGGGUGGAAGAAUUCAAUCCAUAAAUGAAGGGUCAACAGUCAUGGAGCUUGGAGCACAGUGGCUUCACGGGACCGAAAACGGCUUGUAUCAAUGGGCGCAGGAAGGUGGCUUAUUGUCUGAUCAAGUGGGUUCCGAAGGGAAAGGCCUGUAUCUGAGGGACGAUAAAACAGUGGUGUCGCAAACAGUUGUAGAUAGAGUCAGUGACGAAGUUAACUUAAUUUUGAAGGAGAUGGAGGACUUUUCACCAUUCAGGAUGAAAAAUUUGUCUCCUAAAACCACAACAACAAAAUCAGUGGGUGAAUAUUUGGCGGCAGAGUUCAAAGAUCGUCUUUCCAAAUUACCGGAGGAUAUUUUGCAAACAGCUCUGCAGCUUUUCAACUGGCAUUGGCGAUUUCAGAUUAUCGAUAACGCGUGCGAUUCCCUUGACUCUCUACCGAUCGAAGAGUGGGGCAGUUACUCUUUGAAUGGAUCUCAAGAUAACAUUGUAUUGAAAAAUGGAUAUUCAUCUCUUGUUAAACUUAUUUCUUCAGCUCUAUCACAAGACAGGAUUAAGCUGAAUACUGCCGUUAAAAAAAUCCGAUGGUAUGGUGGUGCAUCUUCAGAUCAUGUCCAGCUCUCCAGCUUUAAUAUUAUAUCAAGCAAUAUCACCGAUGAGCUGAUAUCAAAGUUAAAUUUAAAAAAUUGCACCAAUUGUGAGUCUGCUCAUCAACUCCAACCAUUGAGCACUUUAUACCCUGUCUCGAUUUUGUGUGAAAAUGGAAUUCAAAUUCUUGCUCGUCAUGUCAUUGUAACUUGCUCGUUAGGAUUUUUGAAGAAACAUCACCAUGAACUCUUUUCACCCCCUUUACCUCUGCUCCAUCGCAACAUGGUAAACACCAUUGGCUUUGGUGCGAUAGAAAAAAUUUUCCUCAUCUUUGAGCAAUGUUGGUGGAAUCAAUCUACAGAAGGAUUCCAGCUAUUAUGGACGCAAGUCACAUCUCACUCCACUGAAAAAGAGUUAGGUAUGAAUUGGAUUCGAGAUGUAACGGGUUUUGAUGUUCUUAGUCGUGAGCCGCCCAUAUUAGUUGGAUGGGUUGGUGGUCCCGGGGCUAAGGUAGUGCAAGAUCUUUCAGAAGAAAAACUAGCCCAAGAUUGUCAAGUCCUGUUGCAAAAAUUUCUUCAUGAGAAAGUGCCAUUACCAAAAAAAGUUGUCCGAUCGCAGUGGAUAAGUAAUCCUUUUAUUAAAGGGGGCUACAGUCAUGCAACUAGAAAUUGUCAGCAACUUGGAUUAAGACCAGUUGAUCUAAACAAAGUUAUCGAUUUUUGUAGUGUCAACAAUACUGUUCGCCAUCCGGUCAUUUUAUUCGCAGGAGAGGCCAAUAGUGAACAUGAUUUUUCUACAACACAUGGGGCGUAUCACUCAGGUAUUGAUCGAGCUUCUAUUUUGGUGGAACACUCAAAGAUAAUGAGCAAAUUAUGAAAUAAUUAUUUGGCACCAUAAUUGGACUUCAUUUUGCAAUGAGGAACUGCGAUUUUUGGCUCAUCCAUGAAAGCACCUAUUUGCAUGAAGAAUCUAUUGGCACAAAUGUUGUUUCUCAAAUGAGCUGGAAAUACCUAUUAGUUUUCCAUUGUAAAAUGUAGUCCAGCUAUUGUCACAAUUUAAUUGUUACUAUAAAUUAGGGAUACUAUCUUUGAAGUAAAAAAUUUGUUUGGGAAAUAAAAAUAAUGUCUUCAUUUUUUGGCACAAAAAAUUAUUUUGUUUUAAAAGUUACCUGAAUAAUUUAGCAAAGGAGAGGGAAAACAACAGAAUGCCCACUACUUAAUUAUAUUGCCAAAAUACUAUUUAAUAAGAUUGAAAUAUUGAGUAUCAUGAACAAAUGACCUCCAGAGCAAAAUAAUAUUCACAACAAAAUUUCAAACUCAAAGUCCUGUAUCUUAAUAGUGCAGGUGUUACUCAGGAUGUAACUUCAUGAAUUUACUUAGGUAUUUGAAUCGAAAAUGUGUUUUUAUCCCUCACCCAAGUAGCACAGUGCAAUGUAAACAUUAAAAUAAUUUUGCAAUUUAAUGCAAUAAAGUUGCAACUUUUUUUUACCUUGUAAUUGAAUUGAAAUUUGAAUUUUUAUUUAAUUUGGUCAAUAAAUACCGAUUUUAGAUAAUCAACAAAAUACAAGUCCCAUGUGUUAACGGUGCCAAUUUGCAAUGCGAAUCAAAUCGCAAAGUAUUUAAAUUUCAUUGCUGUAAAUUUCAAUGAGAGGAACCCCUCCAUUUAGUGAAAAGGUAACACACGGGACACUCUGAUACAGUAGCAAUAAUUUUACUAUGUAAUUGCAAUUGAUUGCAACCUGUGCUGCUUGGACAGGUCAAAUACGGAAACGAGUUACAAAUUUUUAAGACACUUUAACCCUGUAAUGGUUGCUGUAUGGUAGUAGGAACAUUGCUGCAUUAUAACCUAUGUCUGUAGCCAAGAAUAUAAUUAAGUAACGUAAGGAUUAGGUGAAGCUGUGUUUUAGGUUACCAAUAGACUGUGAUACUCAAGCAUGGAAACAAACUUUAUAAUCUCUAUGCAGGACUUCAUUUUGCAAUGAGGAGCCGCUAUUUCAUGUACAUCCAUAAUAACGCCCAUCUACAAGAGAAAACUAAUUGAACAUAAAUAUGUCGUUAACCUGAGUCAGAGGUAAAAGUUCCGAAUUGCAAAAUGUAGCCCAAUUGGACUGCACUUUGCAAUUUGAAACUAUAAAUUCUUGCUCUUCUUGAAAAACACUUAUGUGCAUAGGGAAACUAAUGGCACAUACGUUGUUUUUAAACCGGGCUAGAAUUUAUAGUUCCAAAUUGCAAAAUGUAGUCCAAUUGAAUUUUAGCUUAAUGUAGGUUUCAAAUUGUAUAGCUUAAGAAAAUUUUUGUAAGUGCAUUUUUGCUUUUCUGAAAUGUUAGAAUCAAUACACAUGUGAGUGAGGAGCAAUACAAAUAAAAAUUAAAGUUUUUUUUUAACACA